AUGGGCUCUGCAACGAUCCUCACAUCACUCUGCAAUGGGGGUGCCGCAAGCGCCUCCGCCGCAUCAAGGUCAGGGACAAAGGAUCCGCCGCAAAAUCUGGCGUCUGGAGGGGAAUCGCGUCUCGGAAUGAGGUCAGAAUCAGCCGGGAGCGAGAACCAUAACUCCCGAUCUGUCUCGUCGUCUCCGGAUAAGGAUGACCAUUGCUACACGACCAGGGGAUCAGCGGCGUUGGUAUGCGAGGGCGAGAACGCCGACGAAAGAGCCUCGGCAGCCUCUCUACCUCGAUUCUUCGUUUCACUGUCGAACAAGGAGAAGGAGGAGGACUUCAUGGUGAUGAAGGGGUGCAAGCUGCCGCAGCGACCCAAGAAGAGAUCCAAAUUCGUCCAAAAAUGCAUACUCUUGGUGAGUCCUGGAGCAUGGCUGUCAGAUCUCUCACAGGAGAGGUAUGUAGUCAGGGAGAAGAAGGGAUCAAGAAAGAGGAGAAGAGGAUUAAAGGCCAUGUCCAUGGAGAGUGAUUCAGAAUGAAGCAAAAGGGAGA